CUUUUGCUUUUUCUUCCUUUAAAAGCCAUAUAUAUUAUUCAGUCAUAUCUCUCUCUAUUCCAUGUCAAAAGCUUCCUUCUUUUUCUUCUCUUUCUUUCUGUUUUUUUCUUCACAAAGUUUCAAAGUUAAGGCUGAAAAAUAAACCAAAUAUUGUAGUACAUGUACCACUACUAAAUCAUGCUUUUUCUUCUUGAAGAAAAUUCACAAGACCAAACACAAUACACUUAGGAUUCUUUUUCUUUAGAGUCCUCAAGUGAAACACUUUUAAAUUUUAAUAUUUUCUUUUUCAUCUUAGAAGUGCUUAAAAUAAGCACUUAUGCUACUCAGAAACAGAUCAAGAGCAGUCACCAAACAAACUUUGAUGGGUGAACAAUCACCAAAUCAAAAUUUCACUACACUCCCAUCUCUAUUUGGUUCACCAAACUAUAGAGAUUUUCAUUUCACUUCCAAAAAAUCUCUCACUGGAACUGAAGCUUUGAUAAGUCCAACAUCAACUCUUGACACAAAAGCAUUAACCUCAUUUGAAAAUCCUUUCUCAAUUACCAAUAGCAACAAAGUUUGUAGCACUAGGGACAAAGUAGCUUCAAAAACCAUUGGUCUUGGUCUUAUUGGUGUUCUAAAAGAUGAACCUUCUCAUCAAAAUUCUGAUCAUAAACUAAGCAAUAGAAAAGUUCUCUUUGGAACUGAGCUUAGAGUGAAAAUCCCUCCUCUACCACCUUCCAUGUUUGAGUCACAAAAAAGUGUUCUUAGUUUGAGUGAGAUGGAACUUUCUGAAGAAUACACAUGUGUGAUAUCUCAUGGACCAAACCCAAAAACAACUCAUAUAUUUGAUAAUUGUGUUGUGGAAGAAAGUUACUGUUCUGUCACCAAUAGUCCUCACUCUUUUUCAAUGAAUUUUCUUAGCUUUUGUUACACUUGCAAAAAUCAUCUUGAGCAUACAAAAGACAUCUUCAUUUACAGAGGAGAAAAAGCUUUUUGCAGUCAAGAAUGUAGACACAAAGAGAUGGUGUUAGAUGAAGCAGAAAAUUAAUAAUUUAAUGCUCACAAUUUACUUAUUAUGUUUUUUUUUACCUUUUUAAGUUCUAUUUGUGUGAUUUUUCCUCCUUCAACCUUGCAAAUAGAUAUAAAAGAGGAUGUAUUGUAGAGUUCAUUUCAAGAAAUGUGAGCAGUAUUGAAUAGAUUGCUUCUCAUGAUAA